AUGUUUGCUCCAAAAGGGCUCUUCAGAAAUAUCCCUUGCCCGCGGCUCGAGGAAUGCCAGCUAUUGAAUUGCCUAUUCUCUCAUGAUAACCAAACGGUCGAUUCCAACGAGCAAUCCAUUUCCUUCGCGACCAGGUCGAAGGCAAAAGUCGAUCAGGAUGGAUCCUCAGUUACAGCUGAACCGGAUAGGAAGAGGAGGAGGCUUUCAUCGGACGAAGGGGUCUCCGUCCCUGUUGAUGAUCUAUCGACGAUGGAGAGGCUAGUCCUACAGGCUCGAACCGGCGAAAACAUAACGACACCAGCGCCCGAGGCGCCCGAGAAGCGAAUAUCCCGAGGAAUCUCUCCUCCGCCAUUGAAACGCCCAUCCGGUUCCACAGCCACAUCAGUUCCGCCCAAACCGGCAGCUAAACCAACCUCUAAGCCCGUCGUUUGGGAGCCGCUGAAUCCUCGUCUGGUGCAGAAAGAUCCUGUUGGUCACGGGAGGCGUUUUCUGCUCCUCAAAAGCCUCUAUCAAGCAAUGAAACGUUUGAAUGACGAAGCUGCAAACGUCCCCGAAACAAAGCUGAAAAAGUUACUCCUCCAUGAAGGGCAGUUGACCAAAAUGGCUCUUGACGAGGAGGAGAAACUCGUUCAUGAAGGUGGCUCUGUAUACGAAAAUCUGGUCAGGCAGCGGCUCUUCGCAUACAAGAAGAUGAAAGUUACGGAGUGGUUGGAAAUUCUUGAGGCGCAAAGAAGGCCGAGAGAAUCGGAAACGAAAACCGAGAAACCAAUCGAGACAGGUCUUGAGCCACACCAGGAAGUCUCCAUGGUAUCCCGCUUCAAAGCUGAUCAAGAGAGUCUCGAAAAACACGGGUAUGUCGCCCGACCUCCGACGGCCGCAGAGGUCCAAGCCGCACGAGAAGGAGAAAUGGACGCGAAAGGCUGGGAAGAGUGCGAUCGAUGCAAAACUCGCUUCCAAGUCUUCCCCGACCGGCGCGAUGACGGCGCCCUCACCAGCGGUGGAACAUGCGUGUACCAUUGGGGCAAGCGACGAUUUCCCAAACGAGAAAAGACCGACGCGACUACCGGCACGAAGCCGACAUUGUUCGAGUGCUGCAAUGAGCCGAUCGGUUCGGAUGGUUGCACGACGCACCCGACACAUGUCUUCAAGGUCUCUGAGGUGAAGCGAUUGGCGGUCGUUCACCCGUUCGAACCCACUCCCGAUAACCCCGAGAUCCCGUCGUCGACAGCGCUGGCGUUCGAUUGUGAGAUGGGAUAUACCACUAAAGGGAUGGAACUGAUCCGCCUCUCUGCCGCCUCCUGGCCCGAAGGCAAAUCCGUCCUUGACGUCCUCGUCAAGCCGUUCGGCGCCAUCCUCGACUUUAACACGCGCUUCUCCGGCGUGACCCUGGAGCAAUUCAACUCGGCCAAGCCGCUCAUCCUCAACAACUCCCAAGUUCCCCCCGGAACCGACAUCGCCGGCACCAAUAGCUACCUCCACAUCGUCUCCAGCCCAUCCACAGCCCGUUCCCUAUUCCUCACCCUCAUCUCCCCUACCACCCCCCUCAUUGGCCACGCGCUCGAAAACGACCUCAAUGCCCUCCGCCUCGUCCACCCCACGAUCAUCGACACCGUCCUCCUCUUCCCGCACCCGCACGGCCUUCCCAUCCGCCACGGCCUCAAGAACCUCGCGCGGGAGUGGCUGCGCCGGAACAUCCAGGCGGGCGGGGCGGAUGGACACGAUAGUCUGGAAGAUGCGCGGGCGGCGGGCGACUUGGUGCGACUGAAGAUUGCGAGGGAAUGGAGGAAGUUGAAGGCGGAGGGGUGGAGGGCGGAGGAGGGGAAAUUCGUGGGGCCGGAUGCCAAGAAAGGGGUGCCGUCGGGGGAGUUGCCGCCUUAUGAGGAACCUUCGGGUGCGUCGAAUAGGAAAAGGAAGAGCAGUUAUUAG